GUCUCUCACACCAACCGAAAGCAUGCCUCAGAAACACUCCCGCAACAACACGGACCGGGCGACUUUCACGUACCAGGAACGCAAAAUGGCUGGGUGGGGAACCCAAAAAACUCGUAUUGGGACAGACUCGCAGCAGCCAUUUGGCUACUGUUGUUUGACGUUAAAGCCCGUGACAGAUCCGGUUGUCAGCCCGUCAGGUCAUAUUUAUUCGCGAGAGGCCAUUGUCGAGUAUCUAUUAUCUAAGACGCAAGACCUCAAGCGCCAGCGCGUCCUGUAUGAGCAACAAAGAGAAGAAGAGCAGGAGAGAAUGGAGGCGGCCUUGAACGAGGAAAAGGAAAAGGAUGUGCACCGCUUCGUGGAGAGGCAGACGUCGACCUUUGAGGAGGCAGCUCCGCGGCAAGGUAAGCAUGAGCAAAACCCUCAGGAGGAGAAUCGCCAGAGAUAUAUCAAGCAGCAACUUUCGAAAGUAAUCCACAGAGACCUCAAGACCAAGCAAGAGGAUGUGAAGAAGACUUCCUUCUGGGUGCCCGUCUGCACACCAGAGGCCAAGAAUACGGCCAUAGAGAAGCCCGCCACGCGCCCGCGCAGCCCUAUGACCGGCGAUCCUCUCCGCGCCAAGGACCUGCUCCCCUUGCCCCUCAUGGUCGACCCGGAGUGGAGGAACGAGCAUGAUGGACGCGGCAAGUUUCUGUGCGCUGUCUCCCGCAAGGCCAUCACAUCUCAACCAGCUGUCUUCAUCAAA